AUGUCUCUGGAAAAAAGAAACGCAGCGGUCGAGAUCGAGAGAGAGCGGGAGAGAUGGAUGAAGACAGGAUUUUAGCGAGGGAGAGGCUUCAGAUCGAGCAGAUUCGACAGCUUGAUUUCGAAGAGUUGCAGGUUGAGGAGGUCGAAGAUGAUUCCGACGACGACGGCGACAACCUCGACGGAGUUCGCGGUGUCUCUCACGCGCCGUCUUCUGAUCAUGGUCUUGAUGAAGUUACAUUCAACCCAGCUUUGGCUUCUUUACAUACCUAUCUUGGCGAGGUUGAGGACACCCACAGCAGGGUUGCUUUCAUGGGUGGAGGCACCAUCUUGAAACUCCCGCUUUUCUAUCUUGAAGGAGUCGUGCUAUUUCCAGAGGCUACUCUUCCCCUUAGAAUUAUUCAAUCUAGUUUCUUAGCUGCUGUUGAGAGAGCUUUGAGCCAAGAUGAUGCUCCAUUUAAAAUUGGUGUAGUUCGUGUUUAUAGAGAAGGUAGGCAGUUCAAGUAUGCGACUGUGGGGACAACUGCAGAGAUACGACAGUACCGGAGACUUGAGGAUGGUUCAUUCAAUGUUAUUACUCGUGGCCAACAUCGGUUUCUUUUAAGGCGUUCUUGGAUGGAUGUUGAAGGAUUUCCUUGUGGAGAGUGUCAAAUUAAAGAAGAAGAAGAAGUGCCUCUGAGGACCCCUAAGGAUGCUUUUGGGAGGCUGGUACCACUAAGCAAUGUGCGAGAUCAUAGUCGCUUGGUUACCAUGUCUUCAACUGCACCUCUUGGAGAUAUGGAUGGGGAUGCUCAGUCCAUAGCAAAUUCUGAAGAAAGUUUUGAGAGUGCUCUUUCUCCAUCGGAAAGAAGGCUUCAUUUCUCAGCAGUUAACUCGAUAAUGGAUGAAUCAACAAGUAGCGAUGACGAACAAGAUAUCAGGACAUCUGGUAUCCAAUCUGGCGGGACUAAUGAGUAUGACUCCAGGUCCAUUGGGUGUUCAGCUUCUUACCGUGAUGACCAAAAGGAAGAUGUUCGGUUGUCAACCAGCGAGAGUCCGAUGUCACAAGGGAAACAUCAGAAGGAAGAAAGGCUGACAAACUGUCGGAUAAAAACUGAUCUUACUCAAUUCCGUAUGACUCCAAGAGCGUUUUGGCCAUUCUGGGUGUAUCGCAUGUAUGAUUCCUACUGUCUUGCUCAAAGAGCGGCUGAUCUGUGGAAGCAGAUAGUCGGGGCUCCAAACAUGGAUGUUCUUGUGAAUAAACCCGAUCUAUUAUCCUUUCACAUUGCUAGUAAAAUACCUGUCUCUGGGUCCUUUAGACAGGCACUCCUAGAAAUUGAUGGAGUCUCAUACAGAUUGCGGCGAGAGAUUGAAUUGCUUGAAAAUUUUGAUCUUGUUCGAUGUAAACACUGUCAGACUGUUAUAGCAAGAAGAAGUGACAUGCUGGUUAUGUCUAGUGAAGGUCCUCUCGGUGCCUACGUAAACCCGUAUGGUUUUGUGCAUGAGAUAAUGACAUUUUGUAGAGCAAAUCACAUAGCCCUCAGAGGUAGGUCAGUCAAAAAAGACAGCUGGUUUCCCGGGUAUGCAUGGACGAUUGCAAACUGUGCAAUGUGUGAAACCCAGCUGGGAUGGCAUUUCACUGCCACGAACAGGAAGUUGAAGCCGAGGUCCUUCUGGGCCAUCAGAAGCUCCCAAGUCGAUGAUAACAUGCGCUGAUGAAGAGACCGUUAAAUCCUCAAAAAUCCGACACGUCGUUUUUUCGUGCAAAGUCGCUACGGUGGGCUUCCACAAAAAAACUGGUACAAGUUCUCUACCUAACAAAGCAGUAUAUGUAGCAAAUUAUAGCGUGAGCGCCUCGGAGCUUAUAUAUACAGGUUUUUGAUGUAUUGACGAAAGGGGUGUGGAAUGUGGAUCGUUGGUUUAGGUUGAACCUAGGGAGUUGAUGUUUUGGCCCUAUAAAUAAUGGUUAGUUUCCGUCUGCCGUCGGUCAGAUAUUUCACGUCUAUCUCUUAUGAUGUUUCGAC